CCGGCUUCGCUCUGUUUCCAUGGCGGAUCUGAGAGCUGCUGUCACUCACGGUGUCCGUUACGACUGUAAAUAAAACACAAAUACUGUCAUUUACACUGAUUUCACUCCGCUUACCACAAGAUCAACAUUGAGGCUUGGGCUUCAGCAGUCUUGGAGCGCCAGCCAUGGCGUCUCUGUCCGAGGAGGUGUUGUUGGUGGUGAAGAGGGUCCGUCAGAGGAAGCAGGACGGGACUCUGUAUCUGAUGGCUGAGCGGCUCGCCUGGGGUCCGGAAGGGAAGGACCGCUUCACUGUCAGCCACCUGUAUGCCGACAUCCGCUGUCAGAAGAUCAGUCCUGAUGGUAAGGCGAAGAUCCAGCUUCAGUUGGUUCUGCACACGGGAGAAAGCACCACCUUUCAUUUCGCCAAUGAGAGCACAGCACUGAAGGACAGAGACGUCGCCAAAGAACUCCUGCAGCAGCUCCUGCCCAAGUUCAAGAAGAAAGCCAAUAAAGAGCUGGAGGAGAAGAACAGGAUGUUGCAGGAAGAUCCUGUUCUAUUCCAACUCUAUAAGGACUUAGUAGUGAGUCAGGUGAUCAGUGCUGAGGAAUUCUGGGCCAAUCGGCUGAGCCUGAAUUCUGUGGAGCACUCCCUCUCCAACAACAACAAACAGGAAGUGGGCAUUUCUGCUGCCUUCCUGGCCGACAUCAGACCGCAGACAGAUGGCUGCAACGGCCUGCGCUACAAUCUGACCACAGACAUCAUCGAGUCGAUCUUCAGAACUUACCCUACAGUCAAGCAGAAAUACGCUGAGAAUGUUCCUCACAACAUGACGGAGAAGGAGUUCUGGACGCGGUUCUUUCAGUCUCAUUACUUCCACAGAGACCGGAUCAACACAGGCCUGCAGGACAUCUUCUCAGAGUGUGCCAAAGAGGACGAGAAGGGCCUGAAAUCAAUGGUGACCCAGGGAGUGAAGAACCCCAUGGUGGAUCUGCUUUCUCUCGAGGAUAAAACAUUAGAUGAGGGUUACGGCACAGCUACAGUUCCCACUACAUCAAACUCAUCAAACAAAUCACUCAGAGAGAACAGCAACUCUGCCAUAAUCAAACGCUUCAACCACCACAGUGCCAUGGUGCUGGCGGCCGGCCUACGCAAAGCGUAAGUGUGUGAACAGCGGAGUAUUCUCACUUCUCUUUUUGUGGCUUUUCAGGUAAAAUUACAGGAAGCCAUAGAGUAUGAUGACCUGCAGGGUGACUCUGGGCGUAAGACCAUCUCAUUGAACCUGAAGAAAUCAGACAGAUAUUCCCACGGCCCGAUUCCUCUUCAGUCGCAGCAUUACUCCACCAGUCAGGACAUUAUCAACUCCAUCAGCAUUAUCCAGCACGAGAUGAGGAGCUAUAAACCCCGUCUGACGCAGGUGAUGUCCAGCAGUGCGGCGAGCUCCGCCAUCACAGCGCUGUCACCUGGAGGGGUUCUGAUGCAGGGCGGAGGCCAACAGACCAUUAACCAAUUAGUGCCCACUGAUGUUCAGAGCGAGCUGAAGCACUUAUAUACGGCCGCCGGAGAGCUGCUCCGACACUUCUGGUCAUGUUUCCCCAUCAGCACUCCCUUCCUGGAGGAAAAGGUGGUAAAGAUGAAAUCUAACCUGGAGAAGUUCCAGGUGAUGAAGCUCCGCCCCUUUCAAGAGAAGAUCCAACGGCAGUAUUUGAGCACUAAUCUAACGGGUCACCUGGAGGAAAUGCUUCAGGCUGCGUACAACAAGUUCCAAGCCUGGCAGACGCGCAGAAUGAUGAGAAAAACCUGAGGAGACGGAGCGAAAGCCAUGAAAGAGAGAAAAGACUGAAUUUAAAGAAAAUGGGAGAAGAACAGAGACACUCUCUCCCAGCUUGGGCCGACUGGAGCCUGAUGGGCGGAUUUUCCAGCCAAUCAGAGCUGGAGGUGCUAGUGAGCACGUCUGCCUGGGGGAGGGGUUUGGAGAAGAAAAUUCUGUAAUCCUAUUGGUCCAUGUGGAGAUGGGCUGUGCCAGUCACAAAUAACUAAUUAUUUUCUUCUCUCUUUUCUUUGUUUGUUCAGUUCCGUUCCAUUUUUUGCCUUUCCCGUUAUUUUUUUUUUUUCAGUGGAUAAUUUCAUUUCCUAGGUAAGAUGUGAAAUUUUAACAGUGUUGUAUUUCUACAAUGACCAAACUGGGCUCAAUAAUAUCGGUGGAAACUCAGGAACUUAUCAUGUUUAAUGCAAAGGACUCCGUUUGAGGGGAAAGCUUUUAAGUCAGUGAUAAGGAGGACCCUUUACAAAUCGGAUAUUGCAAUUCAGUUCAACCCUCCCGAGACUUGAGGCUGAUUGGAAAACAGUUGCUCAAGACAUGCCAAUGGGAGCGGAUAUAGCAAUACUGUUAAUAAAUAAAUAAUUUCUAUGUAGUGCAUUUACUGAUCUGUGUGUCACGAACACGCGCACACGCUCAUCCGCACUGCUUAAUAAUGCGUCUUCUCUAGCUGCACUGAGUUGUGGAUGUUAUUGCAAAUAAAGUCAAGAUUUAAACUGUUAAACUGGUCUCGUGUGUUACAUUAAAAGAGCUUCCUCAAAGUACUCCGUUACCCAAGUGUACAUGCAGUGAGGAAGCUGUUAUUCAUUGUUCCGUUUCAAAUUAAUAUC